CCUAACUUGACUUUGUCUUUGAUACGUCAACAAGCAGCUGCUGCCACAAACACGCACACUCUUCAUGAAUCAUUUGUUUGCUUUUUUGCUCUAAUCCAAAGUUAAAUCCCUUAUUGAACAUCUUUGCAACAAUGACAUGAGAUGACAAGUAUCUGACACAACAAAAAGCUUCACAGGUGGGUAAUCCAUCCUUGUUGUUUUAAAUGGCAGUAAUAUUGGAUUAACGCUUUUCUUGGUGUCAACUUUUCAAAGAAUUCCCACUGUUUCAUCAUCAAAAGUCUCAUAUCAACCACCACGUGGGCAAUGAUUUUAAUUAACUUUCUGACAAAACAACUCUCUUGAACCCUGCAAGAGUUCUAUCAACUGCCUUUUAAUGCUUUAACUUAAUUUCCUGAACACAACAGGAGAUGCUACGACAAAAAAUAGUUCAACGUGGCCAAUCCAGUGCGAAAUGAUAUAAAAGUGGACAAUUUGAUCUCGGAGUCAGAACUACGAAGCAAGAGCUCUGGAAAGAAACUCAUCCACGAAGCCAAAGCUUUGCACCUCCUGGAAGAUCUUCACCAUGAGGCAGUCACUCAUGCCCGUCAUCUUCGCCGCUGCACUCUUGUUUGAGUGCUAUGCACUGUCAGUUGCGUUACCCAUGGGCAAGACUGAAGACAGCUCCAUGGAGCAGGAUACUCUCACCUCGCUGCUGAGUGACGAGGUGAAAGAAAACAGCUUCAGUGAAGCCGAUCUGUCCACUGCAGGCAAAACCAGAGGGUCAAGGGUAAUCAUUGUUGCUGAUCCAAGUCUGUGGAGGGACCUGCGGGUGCUGCAUAAUGGACUUUCCCUCUACAAGCGGAGAGCUGACGACAACAGCCAAGUCAUCGAGCACAGAGGUGCCAGCCAGGACCCGAGCAUCCCCAUCCUGAGGAGGGACACAAUGAGAUGCAUGGUGGGAAGGGUGUACCGGCCAUGCUGGGAAGUCUAGGAGAGUUUGCCGUGCUCAACAAGGCUCCAAAACAGCGGAUCACCACUACAUCCUUUCCUGCCUCACACUGAGUUGUAACAUAAUCCAAAAUUCUAUGUAUCUAUAUUUAAUCCAUUGUGGAUCUGAGAAAUAAAAUCCUUGAA